CCUGUUUUCAAUUUCAGCUCCUUGCGGGGUGGGUGAGUGAGUGAAAAGGACAUAGAGCUGGCGAGAUAUGAUCAAACUGCCUCCUGCUCUGGAUCUCCAGAAGAGAGAUCUACAGACACCGGAUUUGUGAGCUAAAACUCCCUUUCAAAUUGAUCUGAACUUCAACUCAAGAAGGCAAUGAAUGCUUUAUUUCUUAUGUCUGGGCUCCUUCUGUCCUGGAGCAUUUUCCAAUAUAGCGAAGGGGCUGGAAACGAUGAAUGUCCUGAACCCGAUACAACUAAAUUUGCAGAGUAUCACAUAGAUUGGUAUAUUGUGGGUACCUGGGCUCGAUAUUAUUGCAAUCCCGGCUCCCAGAGAGCAGCAGGAGUAAGUAACAUUAUCAGAUGCAAGAAGAUUUCUGGAGUUGCUCAAUGGACGGACAUAUCCAAACCACUUUGCAUAGCGCUGCCUUCCACCGGAAAAUGGGAGACUAGUUCCAUUGGGCCCCAAAUCAGUACCAGCAACCCAACAGCCAUAGAAGGAUUUUGCGGACCUCCUGUCCCAUUGAAGCACACCACUGUUAAAGUGAUGAAGUAUAAAGUGGGACAAGAACUGAAAUUUAAAGGCUUGAAUGAAUCUCAAGCAGAGGCUCCCAUCAAUGGUAUCAUGACAUGUGAGAACUCAACCGGAAUUGCGGUUUGGUCCAGCUCAAAGCUAGAAAGCACCGAUUGUGUCCACUGGCCCUCAGGGAAGCAGUGUCUCAAUCCAGCUAUUUUAUUCAUUCUGGCUGCAGGGAUGAUGGUCUUCAUUUUAUAAGGGUUCCUUGCCAGCUGAAGAGCUCCAGGCACAAGGAAGCUCCCUGGGAAGAUACGUAUCCAGUAUAAUUCUGUAAUUCAGUUCUACAGAAGGAAAAUAGAAACAGAAAUGGAAGAUCCAGAGCUCCAUAUAUACAUGUAUGACCUGAAAUGAUUGAGGUCACACCACAUGCUUAACGUUUACUGGUUAACCCACUUUCGCAGUUUACACAAUACGCGAAGACACAAAUGAACGAAACAGGCUGACUUUGUAUAACAAACCACACAAAAAACUAACUAAGUUUAAAGCUGAUUAGGCUUAGCUUGUUCUAAGAAUGAAGCCCCUGGAAUUUUUAACUGAGCCGGUUGGAUGUGUUAUAGAAACCCUGCCAACGGGUUUCCAAAUCUUUCCUGAAAACCAUGUUUGCUACCCACCCUUGGAAGUAAACCAACGUUGCAGAGCCUUUUCAGGAAUGGCCCCCAACCAUCUCAUUUCCUAUAGAGGAUCUCUUGCUCGCUUUCCAGCUGGCUGUUAGAACUUGAGGAGGACUUCUCCAUAAGAGUUUCCGAUGGCCCAGAUUCUUCACCAACUUCUUUUGUUAUUUUUCCUUCUUUUUUUUACUGUGACUAUAUUCUUGCUUUAUAGAGGCAGGGUUUUGUUGUUAUUAUUUUUUGUUUAUUCAUAUGACCAGCUGACAUGAUUGAUAGACUGACUGGCUGUUUAAAGCAAAGGUCUCUGUCUUCUUUUUGAUGAGACUAAAUGAAAGUGUAACCAACGUUUUAAGCUAUGGAACUAUAAGGAGGGACAAAAAGUAAUCAUUGUGGUGGAACGUAAUCUGGAUUCCCAGAAGGGAGAGGCUGCAUUCCAGAGGACCAAGAGACGGAGAAGUUUAGAUAGCUUAGUUGAGAGGCAGAGAAUUAAGACGGCGCCCCCUUACUAAUUCUCAGAACAUAUCAUUCUUGAUACAAAUAGUUGCUUUAGUUUGGUAACCAUAGUUUAGUUUAGCUUUACUUUGGAUUUUUCUCUGUAGGUGAGGAAUAAUAAAAGAAGCUACUUAGAAGUAACUCAUUGUCUCUUUCUUG